AUGUCGUCGGUGCUUAAAGGAACACCCAAGGAAUUGUUAACUAAGUGUCGCCAGUUGAUUCAACCCCUCAAUGCCAAUUUCCAUAAAGGUAUGGCUGGUAUCAUCACCGUGAUCGGCGGGUGUGCUGAUUAUACGGGCGCCCCCUAUUUUGCUUGCCAUGCUGCCGCUGCUACUGGAGCUGAUCUCAGCCACGUCAUCUGUGAACGGCGAGCGGCUCCUGUGAUUAAAGGCUAUACUCCUGAUCUUAUGAUACACCCAUAUCUUAGAGACUUAGAAGGCCUGGGCCUUUCUGAUGAAGAUAUUCAACGCAUUGAAGAUACUGACUUAGAAAAAGUUUUAACCGAUAACCAAAUCCGUGACAUCAUCGAUAAUCGAGUGAUGCCUCGCCUCGAGACGUUGCUUCACCGACUGGACGUGGUGGUGGUGGGCCCGGGGUUUGGUAGAGACAAACUCAUGUUGGCACUGUUAGUGCGGAUUAUCGAGGAAGUCAAAGUGCUUAAUAAACCAGUGAUUAUCGACGCCGACGCCUUAUACUUGUUGCUGCUUUAUCCUAAGCUUGGCGCUUAUAACCGGGCGGUUCUCACCCCGAACGUGGUGGAGUUUGCUCGCCUCGCUAAAGCGAUUAAAGUCGACGCCGGCGACCCCGACCAGCCGGAUCUGGUGGUCACUGCUACCCAAAAUGUCAGUCGAGCCUUAGCGGGCGCCAUUGUUGUUCGCAAGGGACCCUAUGAGGUCAUUGCCUCGAGUGAAGGCCAUCUCAUCAAUGACCAAAAAGGGCUGCCUCGUCGUGUCGGCGGUCAAGGCGAUACCCUUGUGGGGAUUACGGCGACGUUACUUUGCUGGUCAAACCACUAUAUGGACCUGAAAUGGGGUAAUAAAGUCGAAUUCACUCACGACGAAGCCAACAUCUUAGCGAUCUACGCCGCCGCCAACAUGGUGAGAGUAGCCUCAAGAAAGGCAUUCGCCAAGUACGGACGAGCCAUGCAAACUCUGAACGUCCACCAGUUUGUCGGGGAAGCCUACACUGAGAUCUUUGGCGACGCCGCCACUUUGUGA